AUGCAUACCGUCUCCAUCUUCUCCUCUCUCUCUCUCUCUCUCUCUCUCUCUCUCUCUCUCUGUGUGUCUCUCUCUCAUUCAUAUUUUGUGACUAAACUUGCCCACCAUGAUCGAUCGGGGAUCCGGCCGGGCCCUGGGAGACCAUCAUGGUCCAUGUCAGGUUUCCUCGACGACGGUCCGCACUCCGUACCCUUCAUUCCUCCUCCAUUCGCGGGCACUCUGGGGUUGGCGCAGGCCGUGCACCUUACUCACCACAUACUGCAUCUGAGAGUGCCUGCCCCCAAAGAAACGAAAAUCGACAACCACACUCACCUCAGAGCAGGCAGACCCGAGUGA